AUGUCGUCCUCACCACAAGCCUCCCCAUUAACAUCGGGAAACGUUACACUUCGGAAGUCUGCUGCACUGCGUAACAGCAAUUGGCUAGAUGUUCAAUCAGCUCGCCUUACCAGCGAUGGCUACGAGAUUUCAGAGAAUGAACGAAUCUGGCGUACCGCUGUGAUAAAAGGCGACUUUGCCGAAAUUUCCAAACUCCUUUCAGCACACCCCGAGCUUGCCAACUGGCGGGACUACAUCACCGGAACGGCCUUGCACUUCGCCGCGCAAAUCAACGACAUGGGCAUGGUGCGACUCCUCGCCGGCAACUACCACGCCAACGUGGAGAUCCAAAACCACGGACAAACACCGCUGCACAUGGCUGCUCUAGGCGCCUCUGAAGACGUCGCUUUCCUUCUGAUGUCGCAGUUCAAUGCCAAAGCCACAGCUCGUGACUACAGCGGUCGUCUGCCGGUUAGUUAUGUGCCCGAAAACGAAGCUGGUAAUCGAUUGAAGAUGCAAAACUUGGUAGUUGAGCCCACAGGACUGCCUUCCCCAACGUUGCCGUCUGCUGCCCAAUGUCUGGUGGCGCAUAGCCCGAGUGUAGUGAGGGAUAAGACUACUCGUCCACCACAACCACCAUCCUCACGCACGAAGAGAGCGAGUCUGCUAGACUGCGGCUCCCUCCGUCGGCACCAACACCGUCGCAGUAAGAGCACCUCACCGUCCAAGCAAACCAGACCCAAGAGUCACAAAAGCCAAUCACCGGAGGACGUGAAUCGUGAUUCCAUCGUUAGUCGAGACGACCUGCCACCCACAAAGCCCAUGCGAAUCUCCGGCUUUGCGAGCCUCAGGCGACGACGAGUACCGAUCGGCGAGGUGCGGCAACUAUCCGGGGAGGCGGUCGUGCCCGAUUCGAACUUCGCGAACAUGAUCUACUCCUCGGUUCGACUUCGGAAAUCGGCCAGAGGCAAGAACUACAACCCCAUGGAUCCCGAAUACCAAAAGACAUCCUUCCAAGGACGCUCACCCACAUCCAACAAUUCAAACCGCGAGCAACAAGACGGCCAAUCACCAACCACGCCCGAGGUUAGAUUGCGAGCGCCAAGGAAUUAG